AUGGAAAGGUUUUUGCGAUCCUGGCGACAGGAUGCAUUGAACCGCGGCCAACAUGAUUCGGCGAUCUACAUUGGCGACAAAGUUCUGGCACUCACCAACAGUGAUUCUGACGCGUUUUGGUUGGCCCAAGUACAUUUCUCUAGUAACAACUUCACGCGUGCACUAGCACUUCUCUCCCGAAAGGACCUCAUUUCUCGAAGCACUGCCUGUCGCUACCUAGCUGCUCAUUGCUACAUCAAACAAGGCCAGUUCGAGCACGCCCUCUCCGUACUCGGCGAGCACAACCCAACCGACCUCAUCCGCAAUAAUCACACCCGACGCAAGAUCCAGCACCAAAGUCAUGUCACAUUGCGCAAUGGGAGAAGUGCGACUCCGCGCAACGAUAGGGCCGAGGAGCGAGAACGGGAAGACGCCAAUAAUGUCCGGUUCGAAGCCGCCAUGUGUUAUUUGCGGGGACUCUGCUUCGCUAAACAGAACGCGUUCGACCGUGCACGGGACUGCUACAAGGACGCAGUGCGGAUCGAUGUGCAGUGCUUCGAGGCAUUUGACCAGCUGAUGAAGAACUCCCUGAUGUCUCCUGCCGAAGAACUGGAGUUUCUGGAAUCGUUAGAUUUUGAUUCUGUCUCAUCUCCAGAUCCCUCGAUGGCCCAAGAAGCCGCCCACUUUACGAAAAUGCUUUACACCACUCGUCUAUCAAAAUACUCCUCUCCUACCAUACUCUCUGACGCCACCGAAACCCUCUCUACGCAUUACAACCUGGCAGAAAAUCCAGACAUCCUUCUAUCUCGUGCCGAGGCUCUUUAUACCCAAUGUCGCUUCGCAGAAGCCCUGGAAUUGACAUCCUCUAUCCUCUCCACAUCUCAAUCCACCGACCUCACCACGACCAGUUCCAGCAUCCCUGCGCAGAAUCACCUUGGCCAUGCCCCAGCCAUCUAUCCUCUCCAUUUGGCUUGUCUUUAUGAAACCGGUGCCACCAAUGCCUUGUUCUUACUAUCUCACAUGCUCGCGGACCACUCUCCAGAAGAGCCCUACACAUAUCUGGCAAUUGGAGUGUACUAUCUGUCAGUAUCAAAGGUAGCUGAAGCGCGUCGCUUUUUCUCCAAAGCUUCACUGCUUGACCCUCAUUCAGCCCCGGCUUGGAUUGGAUUUGCGCACACUUUUGCCGCAGAGGGCGAGCAUGACCAAGCGAUUGCGGCAUACAGCACCGCUGCUCGGUUAUUCCAGGGCAGUCAUCUUCCCCAACUCUUCUUGGGAAUGCAGCAUCUCGCACUCAACAAUAUGUCUCUCGCGCAUGAGUAUCUCUGUGCUGCUCACGCGAUGUCGACUGGAGCAGCCCCAAACUCGAUCCCUUCUGGGCCCCCGGGUUCAUCAACAAUCGUCUCGGGAGCGGGCGGAGAUCCACUGGUCCUGAACGAGCUUGGUGUUGUCUUUUAUCAUCAAAGCCAUCUUACCGGGGCCAUUGAAUUAUUUGAGCAAGCACUCGUGCUAGCUACUUCCCUCAACUGCGAGCCUAGUGCCUGGGUCGCUACACGUGCAAACUUGGGCCAUGCCCUCCGCCGAACGGGCCGGCUUACGGAGGCUCUCUGUGAGUUCAAUGAAUGCCUGCGUGUGGGCGCAGGGGGUAGCAGCAUGGGUCACGCCCCGUUUUUGGGUGGUGGAACGGCAUCGGCCGCAGUGGCCACCGCAUCCGGCGUUCGGGGCUACGAAGAUCGCGGGCUGUCUGGUUCGCUUCAUACAUCCCGUGGACUUAUCCUACUGGAGCUUGGGCGCACUACCGAAGCUGUGACAGCAUUGCAUGAGGCUGUUCGUGUCCUUGGAGCGAGUGGCGGCGGUGAUGCAGCGAGCGGUGCAGGUGUUGCAGGUACGCUGCUCUCACGUGCCCUCGAGCUUUGGGCCGCAGAAGGGCGUCUUCAGGACCGCGCCGCUUUUGAAGAGACUAUGCGACAAACUAGCGCCGCCCCUUCCAAACGUCGAGGAUCUGGUCGGUCCCGUGAACACAAGGGUAAAGAGCGAGUCGCCCCGGAAGAGAUAUCUCGACGACGCGGACGCCAGGAACCGUUCGUGGAGGAAUUUACGGACGCGGCGGCCGACGUCUCUACGCCCGCACCUGAGCAUGAAAAAGUCGAAAUGGACCUUGACGAUGAAGCCGACGGGCUUUUACGCCGAGCUCUCGGUCGUGUUCGACAUAGUAAACACCGUCGCGCUGCACCUACCACGCCGGACGCUAACGAGACCCCUGUCCCAUCCAAUGAGCGAAGUCGAGGGCUGAGACAUGCACUGGGUCACUCGCGACAGUAA